CUUAUGUUAACUAAACCUAAGUUUUCAAAAGAGUUUUAAUAUUUCAAUUUUUAAAAGCAACUAUUACUUGUUGAAAAUAGCAUUGUUGAAAACAGAUUGGUUAUUUCGUGCUGUACAUAUGGUUGCACAAAUCGCCAAAAACUAAAACAAGGCGUUUCACAGAUGCUUUUUUUCCAUUGUAAUGAUGGACGAAACUUUUUCAACUGUGUGCACAAACAACAAAGUUUGCAACUCAGAAACGUUAAGUUCUUCGUUACCGACUAAACAAAGCUACUUUAACGCAAAACGAUUUCCUUUUACAUUUUUAAAUCAAACCGCAUUUGAUAAAAUAACAGUUAAAAGCGAACAACAUUGUAUGAAAAAGUGUAUGUCUUCUUUAACCUGUUCAUCUAUGAAUCUAGUAAGAAACUUAACUUCAGACAUAACUAGUAUGGAAUGUCAUUUACUUACUCAGCAAGCAUAUUCCAACAAAGGUGAUUUUACAUACCAAGAAAACUCUACCCAUCUGACCGCAAUGAAUAGUGGAUGCGAAAAAGAUUUAUGCAUGAACAAUGCAACUUGUAUACCUAACUACAAGGAUGAUACCGCAUCUUGUAAAUGCAGUUCAACACUUAUUAGUGGAACAUAUUGUGAAGAAGAAAAAAAAGUUGUUGCAAUGGACUAUGUUAGAGGAAACGGGAGAGAUUCUAAUAUUUAUUUGGUAUUGAGUGAUGCAAAUUUUAAAACCAAGCAUACCAGUACUGCAUUCUCUCUAACAUUUAGUGGCACGGCUUCUGAUUAUUACAUUACACAUAUGUUUGCUUACUUUUUACCCCCAGAUAGUGGAAUAUAUUACUUCCAUAUGACUUGCAGAUGGUAUGGCUUAAUGUAUAUUUCUACACCCGGAAAACAAGACAGAAGGGUGCUUGUGUGGGGCACUGGAAUAAAUUCAAAGUCGAUAUACAUCGAAAAAAGCAGAAAAAAAUUGAUUGAGAUUGUCACUGGUGGUCAUCAAGAACAAGGUCAAUCUCCUAUUAUACUAGAUGUAACUUUACCCAACAACACAAAGUAUUCACCUAUUCCUCACAGAUUUUUUGAUUCUCUAUUGUUAACUAAAUUUCAUUAAAUUGUUGUUAAAAGUCUAAUUUUGUAAUAUUUGUUUUAUUUGUAAUUUUAAUUAUUUUAAAUACUUUUAAUAUAACUUCAAAUAAAUCAUACUAAAGACAAGAAUAUCCUUUUAAAUAACUUUUUUAAUAAUUUAAAUAAAUUUUUUGUAUUUAAUUAAAUAAUUUUUGUAUUUAAGUAUUUAAAUUUUUGUAUUUAAGUAAAUAAACUUUAGGUAAAAAAAAAAUAUAUAUGAAACAAAAUA